CCAUAAUCAUGAACAUAAAGCAUACUCUAUCUUCUUGGAUUCAUUUUUAGCAAUCUAUAUUAGGUUAACUAAUUUUUUCCAUUUCAAUUUCAUCAGGAUAACGUGUGGAUUAAGGCCUAUAAAACUGCUAUUGAACAUCAUCAGCAACAAAUUGCUGGAAAGAUUGUUUUAGAUGUUGGAUGUGGAAUAGGUCUAUUAUCUAUAUUAUGUGCUCAAGCUGGAGCAAGUAAGGUAUAUGCCAUUGACGCAAGUAACAUUGCUCGGGAGGCGAAACAUGUUGUUAAAGCAAACAAUCUUUCUGACAUCAUCACAGUAUUGCAUGGACGAGUUGAGGAUCUUCAACUCAGUGAAAAGGUUGAUGUUAUAAUUUCAAACUGGAUGGGAUACAUGCUUCUACAAGAGAGCAUGCUUGGAAGUGUUAUCAUAGCCAGAGAUCGUUGGCUCAAACCCGGAGGUCUAAUGCUUCCUUCUUAUGCAACGUUAUAUCUAGCUCCUGUCACAACUAACAAACAUCGUGACAUCACAGACUUUUGGCGCAAUGUUGAAGGAAUCGAUAUGUCUGCCAUAAUUCCAGCGGCGAAAACUCAUGCUUUUCAAGAACCCAUUGUGGAGAAAGUUUCAAGUGAAAAUGUUUUGGCUGGGCCUUGUAUGGUGAAAUAUAUCAAUAUCAACAGAGUUGGCAUUGAUGAGCUAGAAUCGAUAUCAACAGAGUUUCGGUUUAGUUUUAUGAAGAGUGCAUCACUGAGUGGCUUUGCAUUAUGGUUUGAUGUGGAGUUUAAUGGGAAUCUAUUAUCACCUUUUCCGAUUCGAUGCCGGUUUCCAUUUUCAAGUGCUGACGGUGUUCCCGCAUUUGGUAAUCAGAGACAACAGACAACAAACCUUAAUGAAGCACUGGUCAUGUCCACUGGGCCUGAAGAUCCACAGACUCAUUGGAAACAGACAUUGCUAUACUAUUUGCAUCCAAAAGAAAUUGAAAAGGGACAACAAAUUGAAGGAAUUUUGACGUUGUCGAAGAAUUAUCGGCCUGCUCGCUCGAUAUGGAUUGACAUCCAGUAUACUUUGGACGGUCGAAACUACUUUGGCUAUAAUACUGUUAUGAAAUGAUGGAUGACUUAUUAUGCAGCAGCAAAAUAUGGUCUCUCUCUUCAUAUGAUGGAUGAGCUUCCAAUGUUUUCUCCUUAGAAAUAUGAUGAACUUAUUAUUGCCUUGUUUUAAGAUUAUAAGUCUUAAUUAUUGGGUCAUGUGGCUUUUAAGUCUUUCAAAUUUCUUGUUUAAUACUCCUUAUUAUUAUAGUGGUGAAUUGCUCUUGACAAUAAGGUUGCAAUCUGUGGUGUUUUUCUAAUAUUGAUUCAAACAUUAAUUAGAAUUUUAAUAUCUCUUAAUACAGAAAGAUAAGAACCUCCUUUAAUAGCUAUAGCUACAAAUGGUUUAUGUUCUUUGAGUUUGGCGGGUUGAUUAGAGAUUAGGGAGAAUCUUUAUAUGAGGAUUUUUGAAAUUUUGGACGAUUGAUUGUAGUGCUUAUGUAGCUGAAUUUUGGUAUAUUUUGGAAAGUUUGUGUUUGACUAAGAGUUAUGAUUUUAAUAA